AUGCUGAGCACCUGGACAAUCACACUUUUCCUGCUGGGAGCAGCCAGUGCCAAAGAAAUCUGUUUCAAUGACCUCGGGUGCUUUUCUGAUUUGGAGCCUUGGGCCGGGACGGUGAUCCGGCCCCUGAAAGUUCUCCCCUGGAGCCCUGAGAAGAUCGGCACCCGCUUCCUGCUCUACACCAAUGAAAACCCAAACAACUUUCAGACUCUCCUGCCCUCUGACUCAUCAACGAUUGAGGCGUCAAAUUUCCGAACGGAUCGGAAGACCCGGUUCAUCAUCCACGGUUUCAUCGACAAGGGAGACGAGAACUGGGUGCUGGAUAUGUGCAAGAACAUGUUCCAGGUGGAGGAGGUGAACUGCAUCUGCGUGGACUGGAAGAAGGGCUCCCAGACCAGCUACACACAGGCCGCCAACAAUGUGCGGGUGGUGGGGGCCCAGGUGGCCCAGAUGAUCGGGAUCCUCUCGACAGAUUAUAACUACUCCCCUUCCCAAGUCCACCUCAUCGGCCACAGCCUGGGAGCCCAUGCGGCUGGAGAGGCAGGCAGCAGAACUCCAGGCCUGGGCAGGAUCACAGGGCUGGAUCCCGUAGAAGCCAGUUUCGAGGGCACUCCCGAAGAGGUCCGCCUGGAUCCCUCCGAUGCUGUCUUUGUGGACGUGAUUCACACAGACGCAGCGCCCCUCAUCCCAUUCUUGGGUUUUGGCACGAAGCAGCAGUUGGGUCACAUUGACUUCUUCCCCAAUGGAGGCGAGGAGAUGCCAGGAUGCAAGAAGAAUGCGCUCUCCCAGAUCGUGGAUCUGGAUGGCAUCUGGGAGGGAACCCGGGACUUCGUGGCUUGCAAUCACUUAAGAAGCUACAAGUACUACUCAGAGAGCAUCCUCAACCCCGACGGGUUUGCCGCUUACCCCUGUACUUCCUACCGGGCCUUUAAAUCGAACAAGUGCUUCCCCUGCCCGGAUGAAGGGUGCCCACAGAUGGGUCACUAUGCUGAUAAGUUUGCCAGCAAGCUGAGUGGCGAGCCCCAGAAAUUCUUCCUGAACACGGGAGAAUCCAGCAAGUUUGCUCGCUGGAGAUACGGAGUCUCUGUAACUCUGUCCGGAAGAACCAUCACCGGCCAGAUAAAAGUUGCUCUGUUUGGAGACCAGGGGAACACUCGCCAGUACGACAUCUUCAGAGGGCUUAUCAUGGCAGGCUCCACCCACUCCAAUGAGUUUGACGCAGAGCUUGACAUCGGGACAAUUGAGAAAGUCAAGUUUCUCUGGAAUAACAAUGUGAUCAACCCCACCUUCCCCAGAGUGGGGGCAGCCCAGAUCACCGUGCAAAAGGGAGAGGAGAAGACAGUGCACACCUUCUGCAGUGAAGAGACGGUGAGGGAAGAUGUGCUGCUGACUCUCCUGCCCUGUUAAACUCCAGGCCCCGUGC